AUGGCUGUGGCCAAUGCCUCGACGCAAACCAACGUCUGGGAAGCAGAAAAGGAGCAGCAACAGAUCAAACGCGCCAUAAAACGAGGGGAUUUACCGCCACCAGAACCAACCAAGAAACCCUCUCAUAAGCGCAGGCCGACUAGGAUCGGUGCUGGCAAGCCGUUGGCCAAGGGAGUUCAGAUGUGGCCAUCGCAUCCGCCAGGAAACUACAGUCGACGUUCAUCAAAUUGCUUCCACUUUCUCGAGAAAACCAAGGUUAUUGCAUCUACUGUCCCUCUUCCCCGGCCAAUUGGAUAUGACGCCGCUGUCUUCGGUCUUCCGUUGGACAUGACAUCAGCGAAUCGAGAACCACUUUCGUGCCCCAAACGUCCCAAAUGGAGGUUUGAUAUGUCAAAGAAAGAGGUUGAACAUAACGAAGAAGGCCUGUUCAAGAAAUGGCUGGAACAGACUGAUCUCUCAUUAGCAGAGUGGAACACGAGCAGGGAACCUGAUUCCUCCAAACCUAGUGAAGAAGCUUCUCCUGCUGCCCCUGCGUCGCCUUCGUACUUUGAACGCAAUCUUGAGGUUUGGAGGCAACUAUGGCGCGUCACCGAAAUAUCACAAAUUAUCUUGGUUCUGCUGGACUCCCGUUGUCCUCUCCUCCACUUUCCACCAUCACUAGCUGCUUAUCUCGUAAAUCAUAAGGUCAUUUUUGUUCUCACCAAAAUUGACAUUACUGGCCCUGCUCGUGUUGCCGCGUGGAUGGAGUACCUCAUGACCAUCAUCCUGGUUAUACCGGUUAUUCCGGUCGAGGCAUACACCGAAAAAGAAACUACGUCAGUACAUCAGGGCCGAAAACAUUAUGAACCACAUCUUCCAGAGACGUUCCGACGACGUCUGAUUGAUGCUAUCAAAGCGGUACAUGGCGAAAUACUCAAACCCCAAACCAAAGUUGCUCAAAACCCUGAAUGGCUGGACAAGUGGGUUCCCCGGUGA